AUGGCACCUGCUCCACUUGCACCCUGGCCCUUGGGACAGCUCUUCCACGUGGCGUACGUCCUCAUCAAAUUUGCCAAUUCUCCUCGUCCUGACCUCUGGGUGCUGGAGCGGUCCACUGACUUCGGCCUUACCUAUGAGCCCUGGCAGUAUUUUGCCUCCUCCAAGCGGGACUGCAUAGAGAGGUUUGGCCUGCACACGGUGGAUCGCAUCGCCAAGGACGACCAUGCCAUCUGCACCACUGAGUACUCCCGGAUCGUGCCCUUGGAAAACGGGGAGAUUGUUGUGUCACUGGUAAACGGGCGUCCAGGAGCCAUGAACUUCUCGUAUUCACCUCUCCUGCGGAACUUCACUAAAGCCACCAACAUCAGACUGCGCUUCCUGCAGACCAACACCCUGCUGGGACAUCUGAUGGGAAAAGCUUUACGGGAUCCAACGGUGACCAGGAGGUAUUACUACAGCAUCAAAGAUAUCAGCAUUGGAGGGCGCUGUGUCUGCCACGGCCACGCGGACGUCUGUGACGCCAAAGACCCUAAUGAUCCUUACAGGCUGCAGUGCGACUGCCAGCACAACACGUGCGGCGGCUCCUGCGACCGCUGCUGCCCGGGCUUCAACCAGUUCCCCUGGAAGCCCGCGACCGCCGACAGUGCCAACGAGUGCCAGCCUUGCAAUUGCAACGGCCAUGCCUACGACUGCUACUACGACCCCGAGGUGGAUCGCCACAAAGCCAGCAAAAGUCGGGAAGACAAGUUUGAAGGGGGAGGUGUUUGCAUUGACUGCCAGCAUCACACCACGGGCAUCAACUGUGAGCGCUGCGUCCCGGGCUACUACCGCUCCCCCGACCACCCCAUCGACUCUCCGUACAUUUGCUACCGCUGCAACUGUGAGUCCGACUUCACGGACGGCACCUGCGAGGACCUCACCGGGCGCUGCUACUGCAAGCCCAACUACACCGGGGAGCUCUGCGAUGCCUGCGCCGAGGGCUACCUCGACUUCCCGCACUGCUAUCCUAUUCCGGCUUUCGCUGACAACGAUACCGGAGCACAAGUGCUUCCUGCAGGACAGAUAAUAAACUGUGACUGCUACGCGGGCGGCACGGAGGGCAACGCGUGCCGCAAGGACGCUCGCGUGGGCGCGUGCGUGUGCAAGCCCAACUUCCAGGGCGCGCAGUGCGACCAGUGCGCGCCGGGACACUACGGACCCAGCUGCCAGCCGUGCCAGUGCUCCGGCCCCGGUCAGUACGAUGGCAGCUGUGACAGCGAGAGCGGGCAGUGCCUGUGCCGAAGUGGCUUUGAAGGACACACAUGCAACCAAUGCGCCCCCGGCUACUUCAACUACCCGCUGUGCCAGCUGUGCGGCUGCAGCGCUGUCGGGACGCUGCCGGGAGGCUGCGACGGCGCCGGGACGUGUUUCUGCAAGCCGGAGUUCGACGGGCCUCACUGCGACCGCUGCAGCCCCGGGCACCACUCGUACCCGCACUGCUACGCUUGCUCCUGCGACGCCCGCGGCGCGGCGGACAACGACUGCAGCCCCGCGGGGCAGUGCCGGUGCCACGCGAAUUUCGGGGGACCCACAUGCAGCCAGUGCGCCCUGGGCUUCUACGGGUUCCCCAGCUGCACGCCUUGGCAGUGCUCCAGGGAGGGCUCCCUCCACAGCACAUGCGACCAGGACACGGGGCAGUGCAGCUGCCGGCCGCAGGUGACAGGACUGCGCUGCGACGCCUGCGUGCCGGGCGCCUACGGCUUCCCCCACUGCCAAGUGGGCUCCUGUAACCCCGCGGGGCUGGUGCCCGCAGACCCCUCGCUGGCCCCGGGCUCCUGCGCGUGCCGGGCGUACGUCGAAGGUCCAGCCUGCGACAGAUGCAAACCGCUCUACUGGAACCUGACGCCAGAGAACCCCUACGGCUGCACCAGCUGCAACUGUGAUACCCAGGGCACCAUCAGUGGAAUUGCAGAGUGUCGGCAGGGCAAUGGGCAGUGCUUCUGCAAACCAAACGUCUGCGGGCAGCUCUGCUCAACGUGCAAAGACGGAUACUUCAAGAAGGACAAAGCCAACUACUUUGGCUGCCAAGGCUGCCAGUGCGACGUCGGCGGCUCGCUGGGGCCGGCCUGCGAGGAGCGCACCGGAGCCUGUCCCUGCCGGCAGAGCACCCGCGGCCCCGCGUGCACCCAACCUGCAAGGGACCAUUAUUUUCCUGACCUUCACCACCUGAAAUUCGAGCUGGAAGAAGGCACCACGCCGGCUGGCCGGCCUGUGCGCUUUGGCUACAACCCUCUGGAGUUUGAGAACUUCAGCUGGCGCGGGUACGCACAGAUGUCUCCCAUCCAGCCCAAGGUCGUGGUGACUCUCAAUGUGACGUCCCCUGACCUCUUCCGCAUCGUCUUCCGCUACGUCAGCCGGGGACCCACCACUGUGCAAGGGAGGGUCUCGGUCCUUGAGGAAGGAAAGUUUCACGUGUGUGGCAACUGUACGGAGCAGACCAAGCAGAUCGUCUUUGCUCCCAGCACGGAACCAGCCUUUGUCACCGUCCCCCAGAACAGCUUUGGGGAGCCCUUCGUGCUCAACCCCAGCACCUGGUCUCUGGUUGUUGAAGCAGAGGGUGUGCUGCUGGACUAUCUGGUUUUGCUACCCAGCUCGUACUAUGAAGCUCCAAUACUGCAGCUGAAGGUCACAGAGCCAUGUACCUACCAGCCAGCCCCUGAAAGAGCCACGCAGAACUGCCUCCUGUACAAGUACUUGUCGGUGGAUGGCUUCCCCGCUGCGUCAGCAGAGGAGGCAGUGUGCAGGCUGGACAACCGGCUGCCCAGAGCGUGUCCCACGGAGCAGCUCACCCCCGCUCACCCCCGCAUGGCGACGUGCAGCGGCAGUGACGUGGAAGUCCAGCUCUCCCUGCCCGUUCCCCAGCCCGGGAAAUACGUGCUGGUGGUGGAGUACGCCAACACCAACGCUUUGCAGACGGUGGGAGUUGCUGUGAGCUCGCCCCACUUGGCCAUGCAGCAGGGCACGUUUACGUUCUACCCGUGUGUCUACAGUUUCCUUUGUCGAGGGAUGGCUGUAGAUUCUCAGAGCCGCCUGGCAACUUUUGAACUUACCUCGGAGGCGACCGUUCGGUUCAUGGCUGAUCAGGCUGACUUCUUCCUGCACAAGGUCUACCUCGUACCUGCUGCGCGGUUCACUGUGGAGUUUGUGGAGCCGAAGGUGCAUUGCAUCAGCAUCCAUGGCACGUUCUCAUCCAACAGCAGUUCCUGCAUCCCCUCGCGCUUCCUGAAGCUUUCCCAGUCGAUCGUGCUGGAGGGAGGCCAGGCUCUGCCCAUCGGCCCAGACACCCCCCUGGCGCAGGGGGUCCACGUCGUGCCGGCCGCUGUCCCCGUGGAGCCCGCGCCACGACCGCCCACCGCGCUGGACCCCUCGGCAGAGCUGAUCCUCCUGCAGCCCCCGCAGGCUGCUGUUGUGUUUAGCAGUAGGAUCCAGACGCUGGGGCGCUACGCCUUCAUCCUGCAUUACUACCAGCCCAACCAUCCCACCUUCCCUGUGGAAGUGCUAAUCAGUGGUGGACGUGUUUGGCAAGGGGAGACCAAUGCAACGUUCUGCCCACAUGGCUAUGGGUGCCGGAGCCUGGUAGUUUCCGAAAACCAGAUUAUCCUGGAUGUUACUGACAACGACCUGACAGUGAUUGUGCGAGUGCCGGAGGGGAAGCAGCUGUGGCUGGAUUACAUCCUUGUGGUGCCAGAAGAAAGCUACAAUUCUCAGUAUCUGCAGGAGGAACCCCUGGACAAGUCCUAUGACUUCAUCAGCAGCUGUGGCAUCAACAGCUUCUACAUCAACCCCAGCACGUCGUCGAGGUUCUGCCGCGACUCGGCCACGUCGCUCUCGCUCUUCUACAACAACGGGGCCCAGCCGUGCCGGUGCCACGAGGUCGGCGCGCGGGGCAGCCAGUGCGAGCCCUUCGGCGGGCAGUGUCCCUGCAAGCCCAACGUCAUCGGGCGGCAGUGUUCCCGCUGCGCCACCGGCUACUGGGGCUUCCCCAACUGCAGGCCGUGCGACUGCGGCCCGCGGCUCUGCGACGAGGUGACGGGGCGCUGCAUCUGCCCCCCGCACACGCUGCAGUCGGAGUGCGUCGAGCCCCAGACCUUCGGCUGCCACCCGCUCAUCGGCUGCGAGGACUGCAACUGCUCUCGGCCCGGCGUGCAGGAGCUGGCGGAGCCGGGCUGCGACGUGGACAGCGGGCAGUGCAGGUGCAAGCCCAACAUCAUAGGUCGGCAAUGUGACCUCUGCGCCCCUGGCUACUACCAUUACCCCAGCUGCCGGCGGUGUGACUGCCACCAGGCUGGCACUGAAGCGAGCGUGUGUGACCCGGUCACGGGACAGUGUCACUGCAAGGAAAAUGUGGAGGGCCCAAGGUGUGACCAGUGCCGCCUGGGGACGUUUUCUUUGGAUGCCAGCAACCCCAAGGGUUGCACCAAGUGCUUCUGCUUCGGAGCGACCGACCGCUGCCGCAGUGCUGAGAAGUACCGAGCCGAGUUCGUCGACAUGAGCGGCUGGGUGCUGCUGAGCAGCGACCGCCAGCAGGUGCCCGUCAGCCUGAGCGCGCCGGAGCAGCUCGUUCGCGCCGACCUCAGGAGCCUCCCCGAGGCCUUCCAGGAGCUCUACUGGGCUGCACCCAGCUCCUACCUCGGCGACCGGGUAUCAUCCUACGGUGGGCAUCUGCGCUACGAGCUUCACUCGGACCCGCACCGAGGUGACGUCUUCAUUCCCUUGGAGUCCCGCCCGGACGUGAUCCUGAAGGGAAACCAGAUGAGCAUCAUGUUCCUGGAAGGUGCCUACCCCUCGCCGGGGGAUGUACACCAAGGGCGGCUGCAGCUGGUGGAGGGAAACUUCCGGCACACGGAGACGCACAACCCCGUGUCCCGAGAGGAGCUCAUGAUGGUCCUGGCAAACCUGGAGCAGCUGCAGAUCCGCGCGCUCUUCUCUCAGCUCUCCUCCUCUGUGUCCCUGCACCGCGUGGUCCUGGAGACGGUGACAGAUACGGCCAUGAGCGUCCGCGCCAGCAACGUGGAGCUCUGCUUCUGUCCAGCCAACUACCAGGGAGACUCCUGCCAGGAAUGUGCUCCAGGUUACUACAGGGACACCAAGGGGCUCUUUCUGGGAAAAUGCAUCCCAUGUCAUUGCAAUGGCCACUCAGACCAGUGCCUGCCAGGAUCCGGGAUAUGCCUGAACUGCCAGCACAACACGGAGGGCGAGCACUGCGAGCGCUGCAAGGACGGCUACGUGGGCAGCCGCUCGGCCGAAGGGCUCCUGCAGUGCGUCGGAUGCCCCUGUCCUCUCUCGGUCGCCUCCAACAAUUUCGCCGUUGGCUGCGUGCACAAGGGCUCCGGCACGCAGUGUCUCUGCAAGCCCGGCUACGCGGGACCCAACUGCGAGCGAUGUGCCCCGGGCUACUACGGCAAUCCCUUGGUGAUCGGCAGCUCGUGCCAGCCCUGCGAGUGCAGCGGCAACACGGACACCAACAUGCUCUUCAGCAGCUGCGACCCGCUGACGGGCGCCUGCACGGGCUGCAUGCACCACACGGCCGGGCCCCGCUGCGACGUGUGCGCGCCCGGCUACUACGGGGACGCCGUGGUGGCCAAGAACUGCACCCAGUGCCACUGCUCGCCCUGCGGGACCGACUCGUGCCAUCCGCAAACCGGCCAGUGCUUCUGCAAGGCUGGAGUGACGGGCCAGCACUGCGACCGCUGCGAGGACGGCUACUACGGCUUCGAGGGCUGCUCGGGCUGCCAGCGGUGCGACUGCGGCGCGGGCUCGGCGGGGCCGCGCUGCCACGCGCAGACCGGGCACUGCAGCUGCCUGCCCGGCGUGAGCGGCCCGCGCUGCCAGCACUGCGCCCCCGGCUACUGGGGCUUCAGCCCCCGAGGCUGCACAAAGUGCGAGUGCAAAGGCGGCUCCUGCGACCCGCGCACGGGCGAGUGCACGUGCCCCAACGGGCUGGCGGGGAAGCAGUGCGACGUCUGCCUGCAGAAGCACGAGGUCCUCGUGGCAAACGGCGCGGACAGCAUGAGGUGCGAAGUGUGUGACAGCUGCGUGCUGCUCCUGCUCGAAGACCUGCAGAACAUCGAGACGUCCUUCCCCUCCAUUCGGGGCCAGCUGGUGAACCUGAACGCCAGCUCCAUUGCCUGGGCUCGCCUGCACGGCUUCAACAGCACGAUGGCCACCGUCACCAGCCACCUGCGUGAGUACCAGCGAGCCCUGAGCAAGGUCAGGCAACGGGUGGACGAGCUGGAGGAUGAGAACGUGGACCUCACACAGGACCUGAAUGCACUGCAGCACAAAAUGACAAUGACUCAAAGAGAAGCAAACCAUUUAGAGCAGCACACAAGAGACACGUACCAGAGGGGUGAGCAGCUCCUGCUAGAUAUCCAAAGCAUCCAGAAAAGCAUCGCAGAGCUGCUGCAGCAGAUGGCCAAGUUUGGGACAGCAAACACCAGCACCACGUCCAGUGAGGAGUUCCGGCAGAAGUUGGCUGAGGUGGAGAGGAUUAUGAAGGAGAUGAAGGAGCGGAGUUUUAGCAGCCAUGAAGGGCUGGCAAGGCGCGAGCGCGAGGAGGCUCAGAAGUUGCUGCAUCGCGUGAAGAACGAGCUGUACACCCGCUGGGAGGCCAACCAGGACCUGGUGAAGAGCAUCCGAGAGCGGCUGGCUCAGCACAGCUCUGAGCUCAUGGACCUCCGUGAUGCCCUCAACGAGGCCGUGAAUAAAACCCGGCAGACAGAGGACUUGAACAGCCUCAAUCGCAACAACCUCGAGGAGAGUCAGCAAAGGAGCCAGGAGCUCCAGAAGCAGUAUGGGCUGGUGCAGGACACCCUGAGGAUGGCCAAGGACUCGCUGGCGCAGGUCUCCAACUUCCUGCAGAAGAUGGAGAGCGCAAAGGAGGAGUACGAGAGGUUGGCAGCCCUGCUGGAUGGGGCCAAGCUGCCUCUGACUGAGCGAGUGAAGAAGUUCUCCCCGGCCAGCAGCAAGAUCCCAAUUGUAGAACAGGCUGAGGAGCACGCCCGGCUCCUGGACGAGCUCGCGAGGAACCUGUCCAGCAUUAUCCAGGGCACGAACCAGGACGGCUUCAUCCAGCGAGCGAUCGACGCCUCCAACGCCUACGCCAGCAUCAUCGAGGCUGUGAAGAAAGCCGAGCGAGCUGCCCAUGACGCCAACGAGGCGGCCAGCGAGGCUCUGAAGAAUGUCAUGUCAGAAAACCUCGGGGCCAUCUCCAAAGAGCUGAAGAAGAACAGCAGCAACCUUGAAGAGGCUGUGGAGAGAGAGCAGAGAAAACUCAACGGGGCUAUUAGAGGCGCUCUGCAGACAGCGAAGGACAAACUGACCGACCUCCGCGUGAAGAAGGAGCAGCUCCUGAGCCAGCUGCAGUCAGUACAAGACACACUGGGCAGGGACCAAGAGGACACCAAGGAGUCAAUCCAGAAUGCCAAAGCAGCAGCAGCCGAGGCCAACGCAACAGCUGCGAGAGUGGAAGAUACCCUGAACACCAUGAAGAAGAACCUGGAUGAGUGGAAAGACCAAUACGGAGACCUACGAAAUGAAGACCUGAACCGGGCGGUGCAGGACGCCAGGAAGUCGGUGUCCAGCCUGGAAAGCACCAUCCCACUGCUGCUGGGGAAGCUGAGCAGCCUGGAGAACAGGAGGAACAAGAAUGCUACCGUGUCGGAGAACAUCGUGCGCAUCCGGCAGCUCAUCACGCAGGCCAGGAACGCAGCCAGCAAGGUGAAAGUCCCCAUGAAGUUCAACGGCAGCUCGGGCGUGCAGGUCCGCAUGCCCAGCAACCUGCAGGACCUGGCAGCCUACACGUCCCUCAAGUUCUACAUCCAGAACCCCGAGCUCAAGAGCCGGCAGCGGCGCCAGGACAGCGCGGAAGAGGGGCGCUUCGUGCUCUACCUGGGCAGCCGAGAGGCCUCUGGAGACUACAUGGGCAUCGUGCUCAAGGACCGCAAAGUGCAGUGGGUCUACAAACUGGGAGAUGAGGACCCAGCCUCCCUGACCGUCGAUGAGGAGAUCGGAGAGCAGUUUGCCACCAUCAGCCUCAACAGGAUCCUGCAGUACGGACACAUGUCGGUGAUCGUGGAGAGGCAAAUGGUGCACGAGACCAAGGGAGACAGUGUUGCCAAGGGGGAGCAGGGGCUGCUCAACUUGGACCCACGCAACGUGGUCUUCUACGUGGGUGGCUACCCCUCGAGCUUCACGCCCCCUCCCACCUUGCGCUACCCCAACUACCGCGGGUGCCUGGAGCUGGACACGCUCAACGAAGAGGUCGUGAGUCUAUACAACUUCCAGCACACCUUCCACUUGGAUACCGCUGCGGAGAAGCCCUGCGCAAGGUCCAAGUCCACAGGAGACCCCUGGCUGACAGAUGGCUCCUACUUUGAUGGCACCGGUUACGCACAGAUCAAGUUCGAGAGCCAGUUUGGCACGACCAAGCGUUUCGAGCAGGAGAUCCGGGUGGUCUCCUACAACGGCAUCAUCUUCUUCCUGGAGAAUGAGGGGCAGUUCCUGUGUCUGGCCAUCCGGGACGGGAAGCUGGUGCUUUACUACGACUUCAGCGGCGGCCUGGAGACAGCAAAACCCAGCAACAACUCCUUAUCCCUCGCCAUCGGCAGCACCUCGACCCAAGCGAUCCAGAUUUUCCUCCUGAAAAUGAACAAUAAGAAACGCAUCCUGGUGCGGCUGGAGCGACUCACCAUCUUCAUGGUGGAGCAGGAGAACUCGCUGGAGAACGCUGUCUCCUACUACCUGGGCGGCGUGCCGCCCGCUGCACUGCCCCCCAGCUUGAAGGCGCUGUUCCCCACGGGAGGGCCCAUCCGGGGCUGCAUGAAGGGCUUGAAGGCUCUCGGCAAGUACGUGGACUUGAAGCGCAUGAGCACCGUCGGCGUGAGCUACGGCUGCACCUCCGACCUCCUGAUCCCGGGCAAAGCCGCCUCCAAGGACCGGCGCCAUGACAAGGACAGCGGCUGCCGGUUGCACCUGCAGCCCCACGCGGCCAGAGGCUCCUUCCAGUUCGGGGGGUCCCCAAGCAGCCACUGGGAGGUCGAGGAGAUCCCAGACUCCUUCCGAACCAGGUCCCAUUUCUCGCUGGAGGUGAAGCUCAGCUCCUCCAACGGGCUGCUCUUCUACGUGGCCGGUGAGCAGGGCGCCUUCCUGGCGCUCUUGGUCUCCAACGGACACUUCGUGCUCCUGGCGGAGCUCGGCGGGCACCGGCUGCGCAUCCGCAGCAAGGACAAGUACCGGGACCGGCGGUGGCACACGGUCUUCUUCAGCCGCGACCAGAGCCGAGCCCAGCUGGUCAUCGAUGGGCUGCGAGCCCAGGAGGCCACCGUGACCAACGCGGGACCCUUCCUAGCCCAGACCCCCUUCUACAUUGGGGGGCCGCCAGCCGGCACAGCCAAGGCCCACAUCCCGGUUGCCUCUGCCUCCAGCUUCCACGGAUGCCUGAGGAACCUGCAGCUGGACGGGAGGCCCUUGGGGCCCCCCUCGCACACCGUCGCGGUGACUCCGUGCUAUGAGGGCGCCCGGGAAAGCGGCAUCUUCUUCUCUGCAGAGGGUGGCUCCAUUACCCUAGGCGAUGCAGUGGCGACCGGGCAGGACUUGGAGGUGACACUGGAGCUCCGUCCCCGCACCGCCUCCAGCCUCGUCUUCCACAUCGGCACGAGGAGCAACCCCGAGCUCCAGCUGCACAUGGACGGGACAAAGGUGACCGCGAGCGCUGGGGGGCUCUCGACGUGGGUGACUCGUCCAGCUCUUUGUGACGGCCGGUGGCACCAAAUCACAGUUAUCAAAAGGAAAACCAUAAUCCAGAUUGAUGUGGACACAGAAAGAAACUACACGGUGGGUCUCAGCCAUGAGUCCCAGCCUCCUGCAGCCGCUGCGAGGGUGACGUUCCACCUGGGAGGGCUGCCAGAGACAGCCCUGAGCAAGCCCGCGGGGCCGCAGCCUGCCCUCCCGCACUACGUGGGCUGCGUACGGAAGCUGGCGAUUAACGGGAACCACGUGAACCUGCUGCAAACCGGGGCUGUCAGGGGCUCGGUUGGCCUCAGGGGUUGCCCCAAGCUCUGA